AUGGCCGUGCCAGCGGAGCGAAAAAAGGUAGCAGCCCUGCUCGCCGCAGAGGCCCGAAUCCAAGAGAAAUGGUACAACGCCGGCGUGUUCGAGUCGGACGCUGCAGAGGACUUGACAAAUAAGGAAAAAUACCUGACGACUUUCCCGUUCCCCUACAUGAACGGGCGUCUGCAUCUUGGCCACGCUUUUACGGUGUCGAAAUGCGAGUUUGCCGUCGGGUUCCAACGGAUGAAUGGGAAGCGCUGCUUGUUCCCGUUCGGGCUUCAUUGCACCGGAAUGCCGAUAAAGGCCUGCGCUGACAAACUGAAGCGCGAAAUCGAGGUCUACGGAAACCCGCCAGUGUUCCCCGUUGAAGAAGAGGUGAAAGUCGAGGAGAAGAACGCCAUCGAUGAGAUUAUAAAGGACAAGAGCAAGGGCAAAAAGAGCAAAGCCGUGGCCAAGACCGGCGGCGCCAAGUACCAAUGGCAAAUCAUGCAGUCGAUGGGGCUCAACGACGACGAAAUUCAAAAGUUUGCCGAUGCUCACUAUUGGCUCGAAUAUUUCCCGCCCCACUGCAUCGCCGAUUUGAAGAAGAUGGGCAUCGACUGGCGCCGCUCGUUCAUCACCACCGACGUGAACCCCUACUUCGACUCGUUCGUCCGCUGGCAGUUCUUGAAGCUGCGCGACGCCAACAAGAUCGAAUUCGGCAAGCGCUACACGGUCUAUUCACCAAAGGACGGCCAGCCCUGCAUGGACCACGAUCGCGCUUCCGGCGAGGGUGUUGGCCCGCAGGAGUACACGCUCAUCAAGCUGAAGGUUGUUGCUCCGCUUCCCAAGGCCCUGGCGGCUAUCACGCAACCAAUCUUCCUCGUAGCAGCCACGCUACGCCCCGAGACGAUGUACGGCCAAACGAACUGCUACAUCCACCCGGACAUCAACUACUCGGCCUUCUACGUCGGCGAGAAGGAGGAUCAGGUAUACAUCGCUACGGCUCGCUCGGCCCGCAACAUAGCCUACCAGGGGUACACCCCCGAAUUCGGCGUCGUUCGCUACGUCGAGGGCCUCGAGAAGCUCCCCGGCAAGGAUAUCCUCGGCGCUGCCCUCGAAGCCCCGCUCUCCCACUACCCCAAGGUCUACGCCCUGCCGAUGUUGACGAUCAAGGACGACAAGGGAACCGGCGUGGUCACCUCCAAGAAGAAGCCGCUGCGCGAGAAGUACGGAAUCACCGACGAGAUGGUGCUGCCCUACGAGCCGGUGCCCAUCAUUGAGAUCGAGGGCCUCGGCAAGCUGGCCGCUGUCGAAAUGUGCGCCCGGCUGAAGAUCGAGAGCCAGAACGAAAAAGGACAAGCUGGAGGAGGCCAAGAAGGAGGUGUGAUGCUCGUCGGCAAGUACGCGGGCAAGAAGACGGCCGAGGUGAAGCCCCAAAUCCAGGCCGAUCUCUUCGCGGCUGGCCAAGCCCAGAAGUACGUCGAGCCGGAGAAGAAGGUGAUGUCGAGGAGUGGAGAAGAAUGCGUGGUGGCCCUCUGCGAUCAAUGGUACCUCAACUACCGUGACCCCGAGUGGAAGCUGCAGGCGAAGAAGGCCCUCGAGAAGCUUGACACCUACUCCGAGGAGGUCAGGAAGAGCUUCGACUACACGAUCGACUGGCUGCACGAGUACGCGUGCUGCAGAAGCUAUGGACUUGGCAGCCGCCUCCCCUGGGACGAGCAGUGGCUGAUCGAGUCGCUGUCCGAUUCGACGAUCUACAACUGCUACUACACGAUCUCGCACCUGCUGCAGGGCGGUUCGCUGGAGGGGUCGAAGCCCGGACCUCUCGGUGUCGAGGCCAAGCAGCUGUCCAACGACUGCUGGGACUACAUCUACCUGGGGAAGCCCUACAACGCCUCCACGAUGCCGGUGGCCGAGGAGAAGCUGAAGAAGCUGCGCCACGAGUUCCUUUACUGGUACCCGAUCGAUAUGCGCGUUUCGGGCAAGGAUCUGGUCACCAACCACUUGACGUACCUCCUCUUCAUCCACACCGCCAUCUGGAGCGACCAGCCCGAAUUUUGGCCCAACAGCAUCCGCGCUAAUGGCCAUCUCCUGAUCAACAACGAGAAGAUGUCGAAGAGCACGGGCAACUUCUUGACCCUGGAGGAUGGUAUCGAGAAGUUCUCCGCCGACGGCAUGCGCCUGUCGCUCGCUGAUGCUGGUGAUACGGUCGAGGACGCGAACUUUGUCUUCGACAUGGCCGACGCGGCCAUUCUGAGGCUGUACAACCUGUUGGAAUGGGUAAAAGAAAUGCUCGAGCUGCGCGAGAAGAAGGGCUUCCGCUCCCACUCGAACACGCACUUCAUCGACCGGGUCUUCGACUGCGAGAUGGCCACCCUGGUGCCGGAGACGAAGAAGCACUACGAGGCCACCAACUUCAAGGAGGCCGUCGUCAGCGGGUUUUUCAAGUUCCAGGCUGCCCGGAAUCGCUAUCGUGACGUUUGUGGCAAGGAUUCGGAGAUGGACGAGGAGAGGAUUUUCCGGUUUAUCCGAUACCAAGCCCUUAUCCUGGCACCUAUCUGCCCGCACGUUGCUGAACAAAUCUGGGAGCUUUUGGGCGAGAAAGACUUCAUCGUCAACCAACAAUUCCCCGUCGUCGAGACGAGCGCUGAUGUCGAAAUUCUCGAAAAAUGGAACUACUUCCAAGAGGCCCUCACCGAGUUCCGUGAGAAGCGCACAAAUCUCCUCAACCCCAAGAAGAAGGGCGCCGCCGUUCCGGAACCGCCAACCAGCGCUGUAAUUUACAUCGCCAAGGACUACCCGGGGUGGCAACGACGGGUGCUCGAGAUCUUGGGCGAGCUCUAUGCGACAGGCAACGGCACGCUGCCCGACAACAAGCAGCUCGCGACGCUGAUCAUGAAGGAGGAGUCGCUGAAGAAGCACGGCAAGAAGACGAUGCCCUUCGUGCAGGUCGUCCGAGAGCGGCUCGGUGUCAAGGGCGCCAGCGUGCUGUCCACCUCUUCCAUGUUCGACCAGGCCGCCAUUUUCGAGCAGAACCUCGAGUACCUGCUGAGCAACCUGCAGCUCAAAGAGGUCUCCAUCCGGCACACCGACGAGCCCGAUGUGGGCGCCGUCUACCAGGAAAACGCCACCCCCGGCCAUCCGAUGAUCGAAUUCCCGGCAAAU